AUGUUGCAUUGUUCGCCUCUGUCGGCGGCGUUUGUCACUUACUCGAGGCGAAACGGCAUUCUACCGACGCUUUUGCGAGAGGUUCUUGGUGCGAGAAUCAUGGUGAAAUCCUCUAUGAAACAUGUGACUAGCAAGCGUCUGAAACGAGUUUUGGACGCUCGUCAGCUAGCGCUGAAGCUCGUGGCUAACGUGACUUACGGGUACACGAGUGCAAACUACAGCGGAAGGAUGCCUUGUGUUGAGGUUGCAGAUGCUAUUCUUGGCAAGGGACGGGAAACACUGGAGAGAGCGAUAGCCCAGGUAAAUGAAGGUAACUAUGGAGGUGCACGAGUGAUCUAUGGUGACACCGAUAGCAUGUUUGUGCUUGUACCAGGAGCCACUAAGUCGGAAGCGUUCGCGAUUGGUCGACGUAUCGCCGAAGACGUCACCAAAGCUAAUCCUACCCCUGUGUACAUGGGUUGUGUUCUGGAGACGAAGAAGCGGUACGCUGGAUGGAUGUAUGAGAGUGAGGACGACGAAAAAGGUCAGCUGGACGCGAAAGGAGUUGAGACGAUCCGCAGAGAUACGUGUAUGGUGGUUGCAAAU